CAUAGAGGCAGGGACUGUCGGCUACACAUUCUACGCUCAGUACAGGACCUGGAAUUAAGAGGACUCUCAACCCAUAGAAUGGCAGGAGAUAAGAUCACCGGAACCUUGGUUUUCACUGUCUUCACUGCAGCACUUAGUUCUUUCCAGUUUGGAUAUGACAUUGGUGUGAUCAAUGCACCUCAACAGAUAAUAAUAUCCCAUUAUAGACAUGUUUUGGGUGUUCCACUGGAUGACCGAAAGGCUACUGACAAUUAUGUUAUCAAUACUACAGAAGCACUGCCCAUAACCCCACACUCAGGGAACCCAACACCAGGCCCAUGGCCUGAAGAAGAGAUUAUGACAUCUACUGGCCUAGUCACCAUGCUCUGGUCCUUGUCUGUAUCCACCUUUGCAGUGGGUGGAAUGAUUGCAUCAUUUUUUGGUGGGUGGCUUGGGGACAAGCUUGGAAGAAUCAAAGCCUUGUUGGCAGCAAAUAUUCUCUCCUUAGCCGGAGCUCUCUUGAUGGGGUGUUCCAAAUUGGGACCAUCUCAUAUUCUCAUAAUUGCAGGAAGAAGCAUAUCAGGACUGUACUGUGGCCUAAUUUCAGGGUUGGUUCCAAUGUACAUUGGGGAAAUUGCUCCAACCUCGCUCAGAGGUGCGCUUGGCACCCUUCACCAGCUGGCCAUUGUCACAGGCAUUCUUAUUAGUCAGAUUACUGGCCUUGAUUUUAUCCUGGGCAAUCAUGACCUGUGGCACAUCCUGUUUGGCCUAUCUGCUGUGCCAGCUCUUCUGCAGUCUCUGUUACUAAUCUUCUGUCCAGAAAGCCCAAGGUAUCUUUACAUCAAGUUGGAAGAGGAAGUCAAAGCAAAGAAAAGUUUGAGAAGACUCAGGGGAAGUGAUGAUGUCACCAAAGACAUAAAUGAGAUGAAAAAAGAAAAAGAAGAAGCAUCAAGUGAGCAGAAGGUCUCUGUAAUUCAGCUCUUCACUGAUUCCAGCUACCGACAGCCUAUGAUAGUGGCGCUGAUGCUGCACAUGGCUCAGCAAUUUUCUGGAAUCAAUGCUAUCUUUUACUACUCAACCAGUAUUUUUCAGACAGCUGGAAUCAGCCAGCCUGUUUAUGCAACCAUUGGAGUUGGCGCCAUCAACAUGAUUUUCACUGCUGUCUCUGUAUUGCUUGUAGAGAAGGCAGGACGGCGCUCUUUGUUUCUAAUUGGAAUGAGUGGGAUGUUUUUCUGUGCCAUCUUCAUGUCCGUGGGACUUAUGCUGCUGGACAAGUUUGCUUGGAUGAGUUAUGUGAGCAUGACAGCCAUCUUCCUCUUUGUCAGUUUCUUUGAAAUUGGGCCAGGCCCCAUCCCCUGGUUCAUGGUGGCUGAGUUCUUCAGCCAAGGACCACGUCCUACUGCUCUAGCACUAGCUGCCUUCAGCAAUUGGGCCUGCAAUUUCAUUAUAGCUUUGUGUUUCCAGUACAUUGCGGACUUCUGUGGACCUUAUGUGUUUUUCCUCUUUGCUGGAGUGGUCCUGGCCUUUACACUGUUUACAUUUUUUAAAGUUCCAGAAACUAAGGGAAAGUCUUUUGAAGAAAUUGCUGCAGAAUUCCGAAAGAAGAGUAAUUCAGCUGAACGGCCAAAAGCUCCUGUAGAAAUGGAAUCUCUUAGAGCUACAGGGACUGUGUAAAGAUAACUUGCCUUUUUAUAUGAAGAAAACAGGAAGAAAAGUAUAAAUUUUAAAGGAUUCUUUGAGAAGUUUAUACACACAUUUCAAAGUAUUAUUUUAUUUUUUAAAGAAUUUUAUUGGCUCCGGUCAGAAAUGUUAACAAAUGUUACCAAGGAAAGUAUUUUUUAACCUAGAGACUCAAUCUGUUUUUAGUGGUUAGACUUUGUAAUUAAGUAAGUAAAAUGGCUAGCUAACUUCUUUUGGUACUCUAAAGGACAAGGAUGUUGUAAUUUUCUUAGUUCUAUUUUAUAUUAGAGUGUUCCCCUGAAAUUGAAGAGCUUUCAAUACAUUAUUGCUUCAUUAAAUAGGUGACAGGAAACGUCAAGAUACAACUAAUAUUUAUAAAUUUAAAUAUGGUUAAAUUAUAAUUCACUGACCCACAGAUUUUAUACUAAUGGAGAUACAGCUAGUGGCAGUAAGAUUCAUGUCAAAAUCAACUUUUCUAUUUCUCUUACUCAGCUUCUGUCUUGUUUAUUAGAAUUUGUACUGUUAAACAAAAUGUUAGACAAACAUUUUACUUUUCUGUAUUUUCAUGCAGAAUGAUUUAUUGAAUAUCAUAAAAUAUGUUUAUGAAGAAAAACAUUUAUUUUUGGUAGAUAUCAAAAAUCUUCUUGUACUUAGAAGACAACCUAAUUGUUUCUUUUGGCUAAGAAGCAAAUAGCUUUUACAAGACUAAACACUUAAAAGGUUUUACCUGGCCAUAUAUACAGGAUUGGAUUGGAUUAUCAGUCAAUAUUGACGCCUAUUACAAAACCAAGUUAAGUCCUUGCCAUUUAUUUCUGAUGUUUUAUUUUGUUUUGCUCUUUAGCAUAGCCUGGUUGUCUGAGCUAUAUAACAAAACACAUGAGUUAGGCAUUCUCCUUAUUUCCCCAAACCUCAAUAAAUUGGAUCAAUCCAACUUAGAGACAUUUGGAGUGAAGGAUUACUAUUUAUUAAAAAUAUAUAUAUAUUCUGAAUUAGUAUGGUUCAAAACAAGUUAAAGAGGUAGGGCUUCAAAAUUCCGAAGAGUAGGGUCCUGAAACCAUGAAUGCUCAACUUCACACUUGAUCAAAAUCCCUGUUUGAUUUUCCUGGAAACGCUAUGUUCCCUAACACAGAACAGUCAUCCCCUUUGAAUUCUUUCUUUAUCUUAACUGUAGAUAGACUCCAUCCAAACUAUUAUUUUAUUGCUGUUACUAACAUGUACUGUAUGCUACCAAUAAGGUAGGCACAGUUCUAAGCACUGUGACCCACAUAAGCAAAUUGGAAAUACACAGAUGAUCAAAUAGACUUCAGCUUACAAUGAACUUUACAAAUAUGGAAGCAUAGUUCUGCUGGAUGCCAAAAACUUAGCAGAGCACUAAAAUUGUCUCCAGAAUGUUUUCCCUACAAAAUGUAGCACUGAAUCAAUCUUCUUUAUCUUUGUUUUAAUAUACACUGAAGAAAAGCAAAAUCCUUUGCAGUAUUUUUAGGAAUUGAAAAAAGCCUUGCUUCUUAAAUUUUCUUCUUUCUUUCUCUUGGUUAACGUUGUUCCCAUGUAUGCAACUUGGCAAUGGAAGGAACAUGAAAUUAUUUUUCACUUUGACUAUUUUUUUUUCCUUUGGGCCAACUUAGAACUAUUUUUUCUUGUGACUUCAGGAUACAAAGUGAGCAUAAAUAGUUAGUUGAAGAGCUCUGUGCUAGACUGUGAGCUCUAGAUGAAAGUGUAGAGACACUGAGUAGGGGAGGAACAAGACAAUGUUCCUGGGUGGCUUCUGUUUGUAUUUCACAAUGCUAAUGGACUUUGGGAUGUCCAGUGUUAUGAUAAUAAAGGAAUCUGCCACUUUUUAAGGGAAGAAUGUCAUUUAUAUCAAAUCAUGAUUCUUGGUGUCAUUUACUAAAAAAAAAAAAGUAGUCAAAGUUUUUUAAAGAGUCCCAAAAGUCAUUUUUAAGUUCUAGUUAGCUAUUUUGACUUACAAAUACCAGACAUUCAGAAUUUGAAGUUUUCUUCCUCUGUGUGAUUUAAGUACCUUUCAUUAUUUUCCUUCCACAAUUUUUUCCUGGCAGAAUCACCCUUCACAUCUAUCAGAAAUUGGUUCCAAAAACCCCAUACAACCCCUGCAGGUACCCAAAUGCUCAAAUGUUGCAGUGUCUUAGGAAAAAAAUGGAGCAGUAUUUACAUAUAACCUACAUAAAUCCUCCUGUAUACUUUGUAUUAUCUCUAGAUUACCUAUAAGACAAUGUAAAUAUACUGUGUAAAUUAUUGUUACAUUGUACUGUUUAGGGAAUAAUGACAAGAAAAAUAUCUGUACAUGUUCAGUACAGAUACAAUUAAAAAAUUUUGAGUCUAAAGAUGCAGAAGUCACCAAAACCAACAACUAAUUGUGUUGAAAAUAUUGAGGAUAAAUGAGAAGGCAAUAAAGCUUCAUACAGAAACCAAAAAACUAGUUUAACAAAACAAAAACCCCUAGGAACGCAACAGUAUACUUUAUAGUAAAUAAAAAUAGCACAGUUUAGAUUUAAUCUUAAGAAAAUUAGAUAUGAAUUUUAACACUUAAUUUUCCAAGUAUCAUUCUUUGAGGAAGUACUUUCAUACUCUAAAACAAAUGUGAUUAUUCUCUUAGCUAGUUGGAAGUAUGAUUAGACUUCUUGGUCUGGCCACUCACUUGCUGUGUCUAGCUAUUGCCCAUUGUAUUGGCACCUAGGAAAGUGUUUUUUCUAACUUCCUUCCUUGCUUUCCUCUACAUAGUCACCAGGUGUUACAGCACACACACACACACACACACACACACACACACACAUACACGCACGCACGCACACACUCUUUAAGGAUCUCACAGUGUAAUGGUGAGUGCAGGAAAACCAGUGUAAUUGUAUCCCAUCUGGUUCUUAUACCUUUCAAGAACCAGGUUCAUGGAAAAUGGGCACACUAUUAUCUACCUCAGAGAACUAUCAUGAAGAUUAAGCAUAGAGUGUUAAAAUUAAGCACAGUGCCUGGUCUAAAGGGAAUGCUCAGUAAAUGUUACCUAGAAUUAAUAUUCCCAGAAAUACUGUUAGGGAAAAGGUUAUCAUAUAUGAGAUAAUUAGAAAUUUUCUUUUAAAUAAAAGGAGUUUUUAUAAGUUCAGGACAAUAUUUUACUUCAAAAAAAUGUCAAAACAAGGGAAUGGUAAGAAUCAGGGUAAGUACUGUCUAUCUAAUUUCUAAAUCCAAAUUUAAUAUUUCCAAGAAAGGCUUUAAGAAUUUUUGUAUUUUUUAAAUUUGUUUUUGCCUAAAUUAUGUUAUUUUUAAGGGAUCUGUCUAUAAUAUUUUUUCUUUGAGUAAUGUUUGAUACAAAAUAAGAUGUGGUAUACCCUCUGUAAAUUAACAGAAUUACAAUCAAGAGACCAAAUGUUGUUGAUAAUUCUCAGAAACUGCAAAAAUGUUAUAAGCAUGUAAACCAAUGUAUAUGCAUAAACUUUCUUAUUAUUAGCUUAACUGUUGCAUAUGUAUCAAUAAAACAGUGUUAGACAAUAUCUGUGCUUACAGUGUCCUAGGAAGAGGUGCUUCAUAAACUGUAAAAUAUAAAUAUACAUAUAUAUUUUUUGAAAUUACAAUUCUUGAAGAGAAAACAUUUAUUGCCAAUUACUCUGGGCAGUCUAUUAGUGUUUUCACUGCCAUCUAAUUUGGUGUAUAUUAAAAGAAUUAUCAUGGAAACACUGGCUUUAGUUAAAGGUAUAUACACACUAUUGUUUUAUGUCAAUAAAUAUAUUUCUGAGUGAUUAA